CCCUACCCAUCUCCUUGUCUGCAAUUUCUCCUAGCCCUCCAAACCUCGCACAUGGUCACGGCCCUCGCGACAGCCAUGGCAAGAACGUUUUCCUUUGACGAGGUACAGCAGCACAAGACGAAGGACUCGUGCUGGGUUGUCUUGUAUGGCAAUGUCUACGAUGUCACCUCCUUCUUGCCAGAGCACCCGGGUGGCAGCAAGAUUAUUCUCCAGCUUGCUGGAUCCGAUGCUACAGAAGAGUACGAUCCCAUUCAUCCUCCAGGCACGUUAGAAGACAGCCUGCCCGAGUCCGCCAAGUUGGGUCAGAUAGAUCCCAGCACUCUGCCAGCCGUGGAGAAGAGCCCGGUUGAGACUGGAGAGACAAAGAAGGAAGAGAUCAUGAGCAUAGAGGAAUGCCUGAAUCUGGACGACAUUGAGGCGGUGGCUACACAGAAAAUCAACCACAAAGCAUGGGCAUACUACUAUUCUGCUGGCGAUGACCUCGUGUCCAAGUCAUUGAACAACACAGUAUAUCGCAACAUUUUGCUGCGGCCGCGAGUCUUCGUGGACUGCACCAACUGCGACACAUCAACCACCAUCCUUGGCCACAAAGUCGAUGUCCCAUUCUUCGUCUCUCCUGCUGCAAUGGCUCGACUGGGACAUCCAGACGGCGAACACGGUAUCGCUAGAGCUGCCAACAAAUUCGGAGCACUUCAGAUCAUCUCCAACAACGCAUCACAAACACCAGAGCAAAUUCUCGAAGGAGCACCAGAGGAUCAGAUCUUUGGCUGGCAAUUAUAUGUCCAGAACGAGAGGAAGAAGAGCGAGGACAUGCUGAAACGGAUACACAAACUACCACAGAUCAAGUUCGUGUGUCUGACAUUGGAUGCACCAGUACCUGGAAAGCGAGAGCACGAUGAGAGGGGCAAGAACGUCGGCUCGAACCUGCCAGUUCGGUCAAGUGUUCAGCAAGGUUCUGCUAGCAAAACCACAUCGAAAGAGGACGAGGUACAAUCUGAUGCCGAGGGCAUCAAACUCGCAGAUAAAGGCGGUGUGGGCAAGGCUCUCUUCGCAGGUACAGCACCCGAUUUAACCUGGAAAACUACAUUGCCUUGGCUGCGUCAACACACACAUCUUCCGAUCGUGCUCAAGGGACUGCAAACACACGAAGAUGCCUAUCUGGCGUCCUUGCACACUCCUCAGAUCAAGGGUAUCAUUCUGUCAAAUCACGGCGGAAGAGCUGUCGAUACUGCUCCACCCGCCAUUCACACAUUGCUCGAGAUCCGAAAAUACUGUCCCGAGGUGCUCGACAAGCUGGAAGUCUAUGUUGAUGGCGGAAUCAAGCGAGGAACAGACAUCGUGAAGGCGCUCGCGCUCGGUGCAAAAGCUGUGGGUCUUGGACGUGCGCCAUUGUUUGGCUUGGGAGCUGGUGGUGCGGCGGGUGUCGAGCGCGUUCUGGAGAUCCUGAAAGCUGAAGUGGAGACUGCGAUGAGGCUGUUGGGAGCUGAGAAGGUCAGUGAUUUGGGAGUGCAACACGUUAAUGCGAGGGCUGUGGAACGGGACAUUUAUGAUGGCGCUGCUGGGCUGGAAAGCUUGCACCGGGAAUAUGCUGUUAAGAGCAAGUUGUAAUAGAGCGCGGUGAUUUUAACACCAGGCAUGUACAUCUCUAUGCGGCUUCGUCCGCUACAUAUCUCUCCCAUAGGCAUUAGCGUUGAGUUGUCCAUACCUGUCAAAAGUUGCUGGGUAGUAGUAAACGGGUCAGCACCUAGUUUAUUGUACGAAGUGCGGCGGAAAGUUUCUCCCAGGCAGCACCCAAUACGAGCACAGUGUUGCAGACCAGGAAU